UUUUCCGAAACAGUUUUCCCCAGCAUAAUCCCCUUUUGCGCUUCCCAGCUGAAUGGCCAUUAGUCGAAGGCAAGACAAUAGACCAGACUUGUGGUUUGUGGGGGAUGAAUAUAGUGCCGUUAGGUAACUACAACGUGGUGAAGAUGACAAACUGAAACAAUUACAUUUUCGUCAAAAACAACUUUAUGUCAGCGUUUCGCACAUGCGCAGUUCUCAAUAUAUAUUUGAUGUUGAUGGGCCGUGGCUGUCGGAGGUUAGCAUAGCCACCUUUGUCAUGCAGCAACAACCCUUCUGAAAAUAUAGCAAUCGUAUUUUAAAAGAUACUUCAGAUUAGCAUCAAAGACAGGUAUUUGGGUGAAGAGAAGAAGAGUGAGAUGAAAUGACAACGUCAACAUUACAGAAAGCAAUUGAUCUUGUUACCAAAGCCACAGAGGAGGACAAGAACAAGAACUAUGAGGAGGCCUUGCGCCUUUAUCAGCAUGCGGUGGAGUACUUCCUGCAUGCUAUUAAGUAUGAAGCGCACAGUGACAAAGCAAAGGAGAGCAUACGUGGUAAAUGUAUGCAGUACUUAGAUCGGGCAGAGAAACUCAAAGAUUACUUGAAGAACAAAGACAAAGCUGGGAAGAAGCCUGUCAAGGAAGCACAGAGUAAUGACAAGAGUGACAGUGACAGUGAGGGUGAAAAUCCAGAGAGAAAGAAAUUGCAGGAGCAGCUAAUGGGUGCCAUUGUAAUGGAAAAGCCCAAUGUCCGAUGGAACGAUGUGGCUGGACUGGAGGGAGCUAAGGAGGCCCUGAAGGAAGCUGUAAUCCUGCCCAUUAAAUUCCCUCACCUCUUUACAGGCAAACGCACCCCUUGGAGAGGGAUUCUGCUGUUUGGACCCCCAGGGACAGGAAAGUCUUACCUGGCCAAAGCAGUAGCCACAGAAGCCAACAACUCCACCUUCUUCUCCGUGUCCUCAUCAGACCUCAUGUCUAAGUGGCUUGGAGAGAGUGAGAAACUGGUGAAAAACCUAUUUGAUCUUGCCCGCCAACACAAGCCCUCCAUCAUCUUUAUUGAUGAGGUUGACUCGCUCUGUGGCUCAAGGAAUGAGAAUGAGAGUGAGGCGGCCCGGCGGAUCAAGACCGAGUUCUUGGUACAGAUGCAGGGUGUCGGCAACAACAACGAUGGAAUUCUCACCCUAGGUGCCACUAACAUUCCCUGGGUUCUAGAUGCUGCCAUCCGCAGAAGGUUUGAGAAGCGCAUCUACAUCCCUCUUCCAGAGGAGCCUGCUAGGUCCCAGAUGUUCCGGCUGCACCUGGGCAACACACCCCACAGCCUGAGUGAUGCAGACCUUCGUCAGCUCGCCAAAAAGACGGAGGGCUAUUCUGGGGCCGACAUCAGCAUCAUCGUACGGGAUGCCCUCAUGCAGCCGGUCAGGAAAGUGCAGUCAGCCACUCACUUCAAGAAGGUGCGAGGGCCUUCCCGUGCCAACAGUCAGUUGAUGGUGGAUGACCUUCUGACACCUUGCUCGCCUGGGGACCCAGGUGCUGUAGAGAUGACCUGGAUGGAUGUGCCAAGCGAAAAGCUGCUGGAGCCAAUCGUCUGCAUGUCUGACAUGCUGCGGUCCCUGUCCACCACACGUCCUACAGUCAACACAGAGGACUUGUUCAAGGUCAGAAAGUUCACCGAGGACUUUGGACAGGAGGGCUGAGAAGGCCUGGUCAAGCUGACCUUCACUACUCUACACUUUUUUCUCCUGUCAAAUCCCAUCCAUCUUCCCAUCAAAUAGUAGCUACAGUAUUACCACACUACAAAAUUGGACUAAUCUGCACUGGCAAGAAUGAUGGAGCGUUUUAACUUCAUGCAUAUUCUUUCCCUAUGAUCAUACUAUUGGACAAAGUCCUGAAGACUGAAAUACUUUAUUUAUUUUCCAUUCUGCACUUUUGGAAGUUGUUUAAUUAUCAUUAUGUAGAGUGGUGUUGAAGAGCUUUUAAACAAUUCUAGGUUUCCGGUCUUAUAUUUCAUGUUCAAGUCUUAAUGUCUUGUGUGUGAUUGCUCUGUUUACGUUGCUUUUGAAGGAUUUGAGCAUUGACUGACCAUGGCUGCUCCCCAGUGUUGGUAUGGACAGUGUUGCUUCAACUAUUUAUUUAAUAUGAUCUAGACGUUUUGUGUGAUAUGACUGACUGAGGAUGGAGUGGGGGCAGACUGUUCAACUGUUGGAGGAUUAAAAAUAAAUGGUUCCAUGGCCGACACUCAGAACACACAUUGUCCAUUACUGUUGUCAUUGGGAGUCAGAAAAAUAUCCAAAAAGCCCUGGUUUUCCAAAAGACUGUACUAACUUUUCCUAAGCUUUUGCACAUGUAUGGAUCAUGCUCGUGAGUGGCUGUUGUCUACAUGGUGGCUGCUUCCUGGAAUUGAGGACUAGGCAGGAAGUCUAAAGUCCUCCACACAGGAUUUUAGGCUUUUAAGUUGCAAAACUCUAAAAUGUUGCAUAUAGUAUUCCAUAAUAGAGCAGAUGGUAUUACUAAUUCAACAUGUCUAGGAGGCAUGUUUGUUUAACAUGGCAUAUUUCUAUCUGAACGUACCAGAACAGACAAAUGUAUUGAACACAGCAACUCUAGUUGUCAUAAUAGUAUUGCUGUAUCUCUGUAUAGUUGGGGCCAGGGGUUAGUUUGUCACAGAAGGUUAUCACUGUUGUUAUGCCAACCUAAUAAAAUCAGAAUUUAAAAAAAA